AGAAACAUAGAGGAGAAGAGAAUGGAGAGCGCAGCAGUGUGGCAGGGGGCAACACUCUGUGGGAUUCUCACAUGGAUUCUAAUGUCUUCUUAUCUCAAUCUGACCCCAAAGCUUCGAUCUUUGGUGCAACCCUGGGUGGCCCACCAUGUCAUCACAGGCACGCCCCUCAUCCUCCAGAUCCAGAAUUACCAGCAUGUGUUCUUGGAUGCUUUCUUCUCUGCUUUGUCCUGUGUUGUCUCUGUGCCCUUUUACACUGCUUUUCUUCCUUUGCUUUUCUGGAGUGGGCAUGGCAAAUUGGCAAGGCAAAUGACCCUGCUGAUGGCUUUCUGUGAUUACUUGGGGAACUGUAUAAAGGAUGUGGUAUCAGCUCCUAGACCGAGUUGCCCUCCUGUUAGGAGAAUAACAGCUACAAGUGAUGAGGAGGAUAAUGCAUUGGAAUAUGGAUUGCCAUCUUCUCACACUCUAAACACAGUUUGCUUGUCUGGAUACCUUUUGCAUUACAUCCUAUCUUAUGCUCAGAAUGAAGAUGUGUAUGUGAAAUUUGCUGGAUUUGCUCUUGUUUGCUUGCUUGUGGGUCUCAUUGGUUUGGGAAGAGUUUAUCUCGGCAUGCACAGUCCUGUUGAUAUUAUUGGUGGGCUUGCUGUUGGUUUGCUGAUCCUUUCCUUCUGGCUUACUGUUCAUGAAUAUGUCGACAGUUUUGUAGUCUCAGGACAAAAUGUUACAAGCUUUUGGGCUGCCCUAAGCUUCAUAUUGCUCUUUGCUUAUCCAACUCCGGAGUUUCCAACCCCAAGUUUUGAGUACCACACAGCGUUCAAUGGUGUUGCAUUAGGCAUUGUAUCUGGGGUCCAGCAAACAUACCACCAGUUUCACCAUGAAGCUGUUCCACGUAUAUUUACAUCACAAUUAACAAUCCCUUGCUUUAUGGGAAGAAUGCUGGUUGGGAUACCAACAAUACUUAUUGUGAAGUUCUGUAGUAAAGCUCUUGCUAAAUGGAUUCUUCCUGUGGUAGCCAAUACCUUGGGCAUCCCAAUAAAAUCAACUACAUACAUUCCUAUGCUAAAUGGAUUAAGCAACGGGAAAAAAUCAGAUGGGUCGAAGCAGUCAGGUUAUCUCCAGAAGCUGUACCUUUUCUCCAGCCAAGGCUCAUUUGAUGUCGAUACUGGUAUAAGAUUCAUUCAAUAUGCUGGCCUUGCAUGGUCAGUGGUAGAUCUUGUUCCUUCGCUUUUCUCUCAGCUAAGCCUGUAAUAGCUCAUUCUUAUGAUCGCUAUGAACUACAUUUCUGAUGGAAAUGUGCCACGGUAUGCAAUUUUGUAAAUUGUAUAUGUUGCAGUAUGAAAAGAAUUCCAAUUUUGCCUAUUCCAUGGGAAAAAAAAAUAUGUUCAAUUGACAGCCACUAUUAUCAGAGUUGCAAGCA